GUAGAUGCUGACGUAGAUAUAUUUUUGACACCCGACAAUAAAGAAUUGGCUGGCGUAAUGAAGAACUUUGAAUUAGCAAAAAGGAGUGCUUCUUUUGCUAGUGAUCUAGUGUCUUCGGUAGCAGGCAGCAUCUCAAGAUCAAAUUCUGUGGACUCAGCUGUCGACUCUGCACUGUCGUGGUCAUCAUACUCAGAUGGUGAGGAAGCUGGUGAGAGCGAUGAGAUUGAUAUGGAUGAGGAAAUGGAGAAAUACAACUUUGCUAAGCUGCCCACUAACGACACUAGUGCUGAACCACUUUUGAGCGCAGCAAGGUCUUCACGUUCACGAUUGUCUUUGAGGGAAGUUGCAAAUGAAGUCCUUACUAAGGUAAUGGUGUUUAUAGUGUUAGUACAAGUAAGGUAG